AUGAAGCUUCUAUCCAGUGGCGCAUUGGCUCUUGGCCUUGCCAACUUGCCCGCAACUCUUGCUUGGGGCAGUCUCGGCCACAUGACCACCGCUUACCUGGCUGGCCACUUCGUUGCCAACACAACCGAGGCGCAUUUCAAGUAUAUUCUCUAUAACGAUGAGGCAGACUACCUCGCCAAGAUAGCCUCAUGGGCCGACUCGAUCCGAUACACGAACUGGGGUCGAUACACAAAAAACUUCCACUUCAUCGACGCUCACGACAGCCCUCCUAACAAGUGCAACGUUGAUUUCGAGCGAGAUUGCAAGGAUGACGGAUGUGUUAUUUCUGCACUCAAGAACUACACCCAGCAGUCAAUCGAGCCUGACCUGCCCUUUUGGCAGCGCAACCAAGCGGCCAAGUUUGUGGUUCACUUCAUCGGUGAUCUUCACCAGCCUCUGCACAACGAAGAUGUUGAGAAGGGAGGCAAUGGUCUUUCGGUAACCUUCGACGGUCGCACAUUCAAUCUACACCAUGUCUGGGACAGCUCCAUUGCUGAAAAGCUGCUCGGCGGGCCACGCGGCCCCCCUCUCAAGAUUGCCAACAACUGGGCUAACCAACUCGCUGUUGAGAUUGCCGAUGGCAAGUUUGCGGAGGCGAAGGAGGGUUGGUUGAAGGAUCUAGACUUUGAGGAUCCCGUCAGCACGGCACUUGCGUGGUCCCGAGAGGCCAAUGCGCUUGUUUGUAGUCAUGUUUUGCCUGAGGGUGCCGACGCCAUCAUCGGUCAGGAACUGGGAGGCGAGUAUUUUGAAAAGGCAGCCCCUGCCAUUGAGGAGCAGGUCGCCAAGGCCGGUUACAGAAUGGCCGCAUGGCUGGAUAAGAUCGUGGAGGCUUACAAGGAUGCUGAACAGAAGCAGAAGCAAGUAUCUGAAGAGCUGCCUGAUGAUCUGUGA